ACACACACACACACACACACACACACACACACACACUCACACACAUACAUCCUCCACUCACACUGCACUGUCAGACCUGGUGACCGUGGGCGUAGUGAGGGCGUGCAAGAGGUGGUGACAGUGGUGGAGCGAGCCGGCCCCCAGCAGUGGGAUCAGCGGGUCAGCAGUAGGCUGUGCGCCUUCCCAGCCGCCACUCCACACUCGGCGAGCACCUCUAACCGCGAUAGGCUGUGCUCCACGCUCCCGCCAUGAUUCAUUCACUUUGAUCUAUGACAAAUCCCAUCAUCCACACAGAUCAUAAAUGACAAAUGCAGCUCCCAGUAAAGUCAUAACAUUACCUUGGGAUGAUAAAUACCCAAGGCUAAGGACACUGCAUUUGUCUGCGAAAGUGAAUGUGAUGUCUCCAAUGUCUGUAAGCAUGUAACAUCCAAAGUGAACACCUACGUUGAAUGUUCAUAUCAAUCACUUAUAAGAUACGACACUUACGGAAAAUUUUAACAGUGGGAAAACCUAUUCAGAUGAGACUCCCUGAUGUCUCAAGUGUGAGUGCCGUGUUCCCGUGUUUCCGGCUCUUGCCACCAACACCGUAUCGCACCCCGGCACGCCCCUCACCUUCACAAUACGCCCACUCGCCCGCCACGCCUCUGAAUCACUCAGUCCAUAAUCAAGACAACUCUGACUUUACUUCCCGUCACCUGGCAGAGCAGUCGUGCACCACACCACGCCGCGCCCUGCAUCGCGGCCCCCCUGCCACGCCCCGGAUCACCCAUCUUGACAUUACGCCCCCCACCCACGUGCUCUGGACGCCGACCAAUGUACCCAUCGUGCUCCACGUGCCCCCACUUUCCACGCGCCUCGCUUUUUCCUCGAUGAUCAGUGGUUCCUCUGGAGUGACAUCUGCCACCGCCCACACCUCGUCUCAUGUGUAAGUUGUGCGGAACCUCAAGGGAGAGACGUGUGAUGCACUAGUGUGAUGGUGUGAUGAUACUUAGUCCCCGCCUCAGUGUUGUUCCGCCUCUCCGCUGUUGCUGAGCACCUCGUUGCAAUGGCACUCCGACCCUGUCUCCCCCGUCGGGGCCUCAGCCAAGGCUAGUCAAGUGCGUCCGGUGCGUCAAGGGAGCAGUGAGGUUCGUAGGCGGCCCCUGAUGUUUGGCGGUGUGCUGUGGGUCGACGGGUAGGGCAAGAGGAAGGAGGAGGCAAGUGGGAGAGUGUGGGGCUGGUGGAGGGUGUUGGGCCUGUGAGGGAGCAGCGCCACCACCGCACCGCCAGGCUCAGACCCCCGCCAGACAGACACAGGCCACCUGAGCGUGCGAGCGAAGGUGAGUGACACGUCAGUAAGCUGUCUGGGAGAGGCAGGCCUUGAGUCUCCGUUAUGAAGGGCUUCCGCUUACACUCUCGCCUCCACCACACUCACUCUGAUAACUACUUAAUGUUGUGUUCAAGUCCACUUUCAUCCGGUACUCUUGACCAUCGUCCUGUAAAUUAUUGCCACAAUAAGUCUUGUGCAGACAAGGGGUGGGGGAUGUCCGAUACGUAAUGAAACUCAUGAAACUUAGAGGAAUAGUGAGGUGCUGCCCUGUUGGCCUAGACCUUGCUAGUCUCAACCCCGUUAUAAAAGCAACUUGGCGGCAACCCCGUUGUUAGGAACACAGUGGCAGAACAUGGGUUGCAUUUCGAACCCGGGAACUAAGACCGCCACAAUACCUCCUCUCUAGCUCCUGCCAGAGGUCCUGUGGGAGGAUUGUGCCUAGCAGUGCCUAAGGGCUGUGCAAGGGGGCAGUGUAGCACCGUCCGCCCACCUGUAUUAGACGAGUUUUACCAAUUGUUGGGGUGCUUGAGACGAACUCCAUCAAGGCACUUUUCUCAGUGCCGAACCUUGGUCCUGGAGAGCAGAUACCUGGUGUUCAUUCAUCUCCCUCACGCCCCCUAAAGUAGUCUAUAUUGACUUUUUGACAUGUUUCGUCUUGUAAUUUUCCCCUUCACCACUAUUCUCAAUAACCAAAUAUUUGCGUUAAGGAGUCGGUCUUUAUGAGAUGACCAGUUGGGAUCCUGUUUGCUAAUCGGUGUUUUUCAAGGCUGGGCUAUGGUACGUACGGCAAGGUGCGGGGUAACAAGGGCACAUCACCUUGUGCCGCCGCCUGCUGCGUGAGGCUGAGUUAAUGGCAAGGAGGCUUCCACCACCUGCUGCAUGAAGAUUUUAUUCAGUGAUAGCUGGUGACGCACCAACAUGAAGGUUAUUGAGCACCGAACCUUGAUAGAGACCCGAGCUGCAGUGAAGGUGGCGGCAGCGGAGACAGAAGCGUCUGUGAGGAGCAAAAUGGUCCAGCAAAGUAUUUGGUACCUGGUGCCGAGAUGGAGUAAGUGGUUAGGUAUUUCGGGUGAGAUUACUAUGAGCAUCAUGAAAUUUAUGGUGAAAAUAAUGGAUGUAGCGGCAGUGCUAGGUGUUACUGUAGAAGUGGUUAUGAUAAGAAUGUGGGACAAGUGAUCAGUGACUGCACGACUAAAAAUCGAGUGAUCCACCGAGACUCGUGAGAGAACGAUAAAAAUGACUGUCGGAGGCUGUCCGGCGCCGCAGUGACAGGUACGCCAGUGACUGGAAGUGAUAGUGAUCGAACAGGAUGUUGUGAUCCUUGGGAAUGUUAGCAAGAGAUUGAUGGUGUGGAGCUUUGCGGCGGCGGGCAUUAGCAUAUGACAACACUGCCGUCAUGCAGCUCGGUGACGUGACGCGCAUCUGGUGACGCUGGAAGGAAACCGUUCCUGUCUGGCUUUCCAGGAGCAGCGGGGCUUCUUGGAGCAGACGGCGUGUGUCGGCGACCCUCCUCACUCCCACACAUUCAUCUUCUAGGAAAACACUUAUGCCACUGCUGCUCAGGAACAUACGGGGUGGAGGCGGUGGAGGCAGCCGCGAGCAGCCACGGAGGACGGGCGGCCGGUAGCUGCCGUCGCGGCGAGCGGUGGUGGCCAGCCCUCACUCAUGUUCCCACAGGUGCUGUCCGACACCCCUCCAGUGCUCGUCUUAUGCAUGUGUUACAACGCAUCUGUCACCUGAGACUUGUACAGCAUUGUCAACUCAUUAAUGUGUCGAUAUCGACUGUAUGUAAGACAGUCAUGUUACCCGAUGAACCUGUGUCGUGUUACUUGAGACAUUGCUUGUGGUAAUGCUUAAGCCUCGUGUCCAAAGUUGAACGUCUCAAAGUGUUCCCCGCCCAAGGCUGGGGUGUAAGAGAGCCUCGAGCUGACUGGAGUGAAAACCUCAACACAGCAUAAAGUGAUCGAAAUAUUCACAACUGAGGACUAUAGUAGUGUGACAGCUCCACGUCUUCGUUGGACUCAGUUACUUUGUCACGAGUUUAACACUUUCGAGCAAAGACGCGACGCAACUACGCCCGUGACAACUCCUCUUCCAUCAGUGAACCAACCGAUGGAACUCUGGAAGCCAGCUGUUCGUAGGACAAAAAAAGCAAACAACAGCGGCGGCGGCGGCGGCGGUGGGGAUAAGUGGGCAGCGACCCUUCCAGACGUGGUGGCUGACCUGAGCCUCGCUGACGGCCCCGCCCCUCACCAGCCAGCCAUGCUCGGCACCCGCGAUCCUCAUUACCUCGAUGAGCCACGGCCACGCCGCCGGGAUGCCAGACCUCCGCCCCCUCCUGUAACCCCGCAGGGACUUGGAGUUGGCCCCCAGGGUUUAGGGGCAUCCCCUAGCCAGCCCAUGAUGGGGGGAAGUGGUCCUGCCGGUAUAACGUCCUGUGGUUGGCGGCACAAUCCCCAGCACAGUCAGUGGGUCUCCCAGGCACCACCGGUGGACCCAGUGGGUGGUGGUGCGCAGCUGACCGCCACAGGCGUGGGCGCUGCUGCUGGAUGCGGCAUGUCCUUUGAAGGAGAAGGGGCGAGGAUACGAAGUGCCUCCAGCGAACCCCGAGGCCCAGCGAACAAUGGCGAUCGGCGAGUUCGGUGUUCCUCGGCUACCAGAUCGCGGCAGCACCGACCCCGCCCCGCCCAGGGAGAUCAACCACCUCCCCCCGCCGUCAGCCCACCACCUCCCCCUGUUUCUGGAGCAGCCGCCAGCCAUGGAGGUCAACAGAUGCCAUACUCUCCCCAACAGGGAGGAGGAGGCAUGGGCAUGGUGGGCGGCGUUUUGGCACGUUUAGCUGGCUGCUACGAGAACAUGGAGCCGGGACGCGAGGUGGGUGAGGGCGUAGCGUACGGCUACCAAGUGAACGACCUGGAGGCACUCCUCACCCGCGCCUCUCCUCUGCGCCCAGCCAACUUGCCUAUGGUGCUCGCCUCGGCCACGCGCCUCCAUAACAUGCGUCGGACGCCUGAACCUAAUUUACAGAACCAGCCUCCUGUCCGGCCGUACUUACCGUUCGGAAUAAUAGUAAACGCUGUGUUUAAAACUCGAGAUUGGUUGUAUGUGAGGACAGCACACGGAGCAGAGGGUUACGUGCCAUAUCGAGUGUGUUUGCCGCUGGGAAUCCUGCCCCCACCACGGGAAGGCCAUUCUGCCUCUACCGCCACAGAUGUGGCGGGAGCUGCUGCUUGGGACAGUCGAACAGAAAUGUUUCAAGGGGGCCUUGUGCAGCUGCCCUCCGCUCCCACGGCUCCUGUUGCAGUGGUGGGUCUGAGCGGUGGGAGUCAGGAGGCGGCUGGUCAGACUCGGGGAAGAUCUCGUGGGCGCCGGCGGCCACCCUGCCCGAACACAUCCAAUCAGACAGACACACAGAAGCUCCAGCCAGGCGCGCGCAGCCUCUCCGAGUCACGGCCGCCGCGCGAGACUCUUGACUCCCCACCACUCGCUCCCACGCCGUUGGCACCCACGCCUAUGUCCCUUUCACCGUUAGCAGGCACACCUGUGUCCACCGCCACCACCACAGCUGGGUCAUCAGCCGACCAUAUCCUGGUGUAGUGUUGCUCUCUUCGCUCCUUUUCAUCACGCAACGGAGCUGAGAUGGGAAGUAAGAAGAGGAGGUGUCGGUGUUGUGUGUGGCCUGAGCGAGAGGAUGAAGGGACGGAAGGACAAGAGUGCUGCUGGAUAAUAACGAGCCUGUGUAUUGUGGACUUCUUGCAUCAAGGAAGUCCAUUCUGUCAGGAUUUCCCUGCAUCCGAGAGAGAGAGAGAGAGAGAGAGAGAGAGAGAGAGAGAGAGAGAGAGAGAGAGAGAGAGAGAGAGAGAGAGAGAGAGAGAGAGAGAGAGAUUGCUAUGCUACCAUGGUUUAUCCCCUCCCCUACCGGCCCCCUCUUAAAAAAAAAAAAUGAAAAAUCCCCUUCACAUCAAAGUAUAUAGACUUAUAUACGUACCCAUAUACGUACUGUAUACUUUUGCAUUACGUAACCCAGUGAGCAAUGUGCUGUUGUAUCCAUACGAUUUGAUAUACACGCACGCAGACCUAGUCCGGAAUAUACUACAUGCAUACUGAGACGCUACGCCAAUGUUACCUAUACACAGUGAUUGGUUAUGGAAAGAAGUAUAGUGUACAUAUACAGCAGUAGUAUCUCCGCAAUGAUAAGUGCUGUGGAAAGGGAGUCGUGCCUCUUAGAAAAAAAAUAGUGUAUGUAUUAUUACUAUUAAUAUUACUAUUAUGUUAUGGAAGAACAGUUUUGUGUAUAGUAGUACGUAGUGGUGGUGCGUUGUGGGAGCUAAAUAACUAUUGCACUUUACUAUACUAUGACGUUGAGGGAUGGAAGAAAGAAGACCGGUGAUCUAGACUACUAUGUUACCUUGCUGUGGAAUGAGUUGUGUUUAUAGUUACGUCUAUAACGUUACGCGGAGUAAGUUGUGUCUAUAUUAUGUUGAGGAGGGUUGUUGUUGUUGUUACUCUGUAGUACGUAAUGAGAAGAGCUGUCUUUAUAUAAUGAGUUGUGGAAUCAGAGAGAGAGAGAGAGAGAGAGAGAGAGAGAGAGAGAGAGAGAGAGAGAGAGAGAGAGAGAGAAAGAGAAUUAUGUGAUGGAGAGAAAGUUAUUUCAGUGUCAUGACGUUUUCUAUACUUUCUUUUCAUUCUGCUAUAUAGUGUGUGUGUGUGUGUGUGUGUGUGUGUGUGUGUGUGUGUGUGUGUAAAGUACAGUUUCGCCAGAGCGUGAAAGACUAUUGAUGUUUGAAUGUUUCAUAAAAAUGCUUUAUGUAAACGUGUCCAACCAGUAACAAUUUACAGUUAAGAUAAAGAAACAAUGACAACUAACCUCUAAGCCAACAAACAAGCCAAGCAAGCAAGCCAGCAAGCCAAGCCAUGCCAAAACAACACGCCAGCCUAUCAGCCAGCCAGCCAGCCAGCCAGCCAGCCAGCCAGCUAGUAAGUAAGCCAACCAGCCAGUAAGCCAGCCAAGCAGUCAGCCAGCCAGCAAGCCAGCCAGCCAGUCAGCCACCUAGCCAGUCAGCCAGCCAGCCAACUCCCAUUCAAGGCAUCAGAAGCUUACGGGGAGGGGCUGACGGUAAUAAGAGGGUGGUGGUGGUGAAAGGGUGGAGAGGAGCCGACCCGCCCACCACCACCACCACCACCAUCGCCACCACCGCCACCACCACACUCACUAUAACAACUAACCACUGAAGAUUUGUUUGUGUACACUACGCGGAUGUAAACUUUCCAUCUGAUGUAAAAUGUGAUGGUACAUUUUUUCAGAGUAGAUUGUUUGAAAAAUGUGAAGAAGACAAAAUAAUGUAUGAAGAAAGGGAAUGUGUGAAGAAAGAAAGGAAGGAAAGAAGGACGGAAGGAAAGAAGAAAAAUGUUUGCCAUGUUAAGGGAGGUUGGUUGUCAAUGUGUGUGUGUGUGUGUGUGUGUGUGUGUGUGUGUGUGUACAUUCCCUUGAUCGUUAACAUGUGUGGGUGCUUGCGUGUGUGUGUGUGUGUUUGUGUGUGUGUAUGUGUGUGUGAGUGUGUGUGUGUGUGUGUGUGUGUGUGUGUGUGUGUGUGUGUGUGUGUGUGUGUGUGUGUGUGUGUGUGCGCGUGUAAGUCGGUGCCUAGCAUUCCGUUUCAGUAUUUUCUAGCAAUAAUCGACAAGUGCGUCAGUGUUUUAUGGAUAAAUGGUGUUGUAUUUAUUAGUCAUUCUUUACUCACUUUGCAAUCAAAAUAGUGAACUUAGUCCAAACAAUAAAAGAGAAUGCCAAAGA